AAGGAAAGGGGUGAUGAUGAGCCCACAAUAGAAGCCGGCAGUUAAAGCUAAGAAGCGCCCAGCUGGAUCAGACCGAAACCCUGUCUAUUCCAGCAUCCUGUGGCCAGUCAGAUGCCUCUGGGAAUCCCACAAGCAUGAGGGCAAUAAGCCUGUUGCUUCCCAGCAGAAUUAGGUGGAGCCACCGUGUAAAUAUUACUAUCUUUGGUAAAAUAGGCUAGUUUCCACCCACCCACUAUUUCUCACGCCCUCCUUCUCUGUCCUCCGUCCAAACAAUCCGAAGGCAUUAUCAGCGUUCAAGGACACAUUCCAGCCAGGCAGAAACAUUCUAACAGAGCUUCUCUUUCUCUUCAUUUGUCCAGUACGGUAGCACCAGAGUGCAGAAUGUGUUGAGUUUUAAUUUGGCAUUCCUUCAAUGUUUUCCUGUUGUUUUUCAUUGCAGUUUGUCUUUAAGUGCUAUUUGAAAGUGCACCAGAAACUACAGGUGGCCUCGCAUAAAUAUGGUAUCUAUAGCGGUGUGUGUCCCCCCCCCCCCGGUGUAGAUCCACCCUUAUAUAAUUUUGGAGUCUUCACUCAAGCUUUUACUUUUAAAGUUUGUGCACAUAUAUCCUGGAAAUCUGUUGGCUGGCUAAUAGGGGUACUUUAUUUAUUUAUUGUUAUUUCUUAAAUUUAUAUAUUGAUCAUAGGGUGGUUCACAAGGUAAAAAUACAGGAUAAAAGCACAAAUGAAUAGUUAAAACAGAAACGAAGCAAAACAAUAACCCCCCCCCCACACACACACAGACAAAAGGUGUAGAAUAUUAAUCAGCCAAUGGCCUGAUUGAAGAGGAAUGUUUUCCCCUAGUGCCUAAAGAUGUAUAAUGAAGGUGCCAGGCGAGCCUUCCUGGAGUAUGUCUUUGCAUUCCACAAAUGGGGAGCCGCUGCAGAAAAGGCCCAUUCUCGUGAUGCCACCCUCCAGACCUCACAUGAUGAUUGCAGAGUCCGGGUCGGUUUAUAUGGGGCGAGGCGGUCCUUGAAGUAUUGCAGUCCUGAGCCGUUGCAACUUGUUUAGCUGAACAAAUGAUUUCUUAAUUGAUUUAAUCUGUUGAAUAUUGGAGCCCCAAAAUGUACUCUCCAGGCAGAGGCAAUCUAAGGUUGCCAAUGUGGGUCUAAGUCAGGGGUCAGCAAACCUUUUCAGCAGGGGGCCGGUCCACUGUCCCUCAGACCUUGUGGGGGGCCGGACUAUAUUUUCGGGGGGGAAAUGAACAAAUUGCUAUGCCCCACAAAUAACCCAGAGAUGCAUUUUAAAUAAAAGCGCACAUUCUACUCAUGUAAAAACACAAGGCAGGCCCCACAAAUAACCCAGAGGUGCAUUUUAAAUAAAAGGACACAUUCUACUCAUGUAAAAACAUGCUGAUUCCCGGACCAUCCGCAGGCCAGAUUGAGAAGGCGAUUGGGCCUCAUCCGGCCCCCGGGCCUUAGUUUGGGGAACCCUGGUCUAAGUCAAACAUCUGUGGCCCUCCAGAUUUGUAGUCCAGCAAUGCCUGGGGACCUGAGGUUAAGAGAGUACAACAACAUGUGACCGUUUUCUUGUUCACUCCCUGGCAGCGCUGGAAUCCCGUGAUUGGCUUCUGCGAGAAGUUACUGCCCAGUGACCGCUGGCAGUGGAGCGAUGUGAGUGGGCUGAAGCAUCAGAUGCUCGAAAGCUUUGAGUUGCCAUCGCCUCACUGGGAAUGGGAAUCUGACUGGUAUGUGGAUGAAAGUUUUGGAGGGGACCCCACAGAGAAAGGGGGCUGGACAUAUGCUAUAGAUUUCCCAGCCACCUACACCAAAGACAAGAGGUGGAAUUCCUGUGUGCGGCGGAGGCGAUGGAUUCGGUACCGGAGAUACAAGUCGCGAGACACAUGGGCAAAGAUUCCAUCCCAACAGGAUCCCAUGCAGUUGCCGGAUCCUUUCAAUGAUCUUUCCGUCGGAGGAUGGGAGAUUACAGAUGAGCCAGUAGGAAGGUUGUCAGUCUGGGCCGUGUCUUUGCAAGGAAAGGUCUGGUACAGAGAAGACGUCUGCCAUCAUAAUCCGGAAGGUUCUUCGUGGUCUUUAAUUGCUACCCCCGGUGAAGCCGUCCAGAUCAGCUGCGGGCCAUACGACCUUCUCUGGGGAACUCUCUGGGAAGGGCAGGCGAUCGUGAGGGAAGGGAUUGACAGAAACAACCCUCAAGGAAUUUCUUGGACAAUUGUGGAGCCUCCGGUCCCAGAGAAUGGAAUCUUACAUGUGUCAGUGGGUGUGAAUGUUGUUUGGGCAGUUACCAAAGACCGGAAAGUCUGGUUCAGAAGAGGUGUGAACUCUCACAAUCCGUGCGGCACCAGCUGGAUCGAGAUGGUUGGCGAGAUGGUGAUGGUGAACGUCGGCUUGAAUGACCAGGUCUGGGGGAUCAGCUGUGAGGACAGAGCCGUUUAUUUCCGUCAAGGCAUCACCCCAAGUGAGCUGAGUGGGAAAACGUGGAAAGCGAUUGUUUGCAGCCGAGAUAGUGACCGAUCGCAGACUGGCAGCUCAACAAGUCUCCUCAGUGCUGGCUGUUUCUUCACGGAUGACAUCAAGGAACAAACCAACUCCAUAUUCCGAAGUGAGGGAGACCUCCCGUCCGAUAUUGAGGCACCGCUGGUUCUGGAAAACGUUUGUCUGCCUGGGUGUGCGGCAGGUGACGACAGGCCCCAACAGGCACCGGAAUCGGACGCAGGCCCGGCUGUGAAUCUUGUCCCAUCCCCUCUUGACGAAGCCAACCCUGCGACGGAUAAAGGGCUCGCGGAUGUCCCAGAAGCACCUGCCUUGGGUCCAGAGUCUCAACCUGCUGAAUUGCAGUGGACAAACAUUGACCUGAAGGAGGCCAAGAAGCCAGCUGCGGCCUCUGCAAGCACCUCGGCUGAUGCAUCCAGCCUGUCCUCUUUUGGCACGUUAUCCGUUGGCAUAGAGGACCAUUUGGUGGCCGACGAACAUCCGUUGUGGGCCUGGGUCUGUGGCGGAGGCUGCUUUGUGGAUUCACACAGCUCCCUCAAGUGGUUCACGGUGCAGUCAGCCUUAUCCUCUUCCGGGCAGUCGCUCUCUCUCUCCAUCACCCCUGCACAGACUGCCGUGUGGCGGAAGCAGAUCUUUCAGCAGCUCACGGAAAGGACUCGGCGGGAGGUGGAGAACUUUCGACACUACGAACAGGCUGUCGAGCAGUCUGUCUGGGUCAAAACUGGAACCUUGCAGUGGUGGAGAAGCUGGAAGCCUUACAGGUGGGUUGAUGUGCGGGUGGCCCUCGAGCAGUUCACUGGGAACGACGGCACAAGGGACAGCAUCCUCUUCAUCUAUUACAUGCACUACGAGGAGAAGAAGUACAUCCAUGUGUUCCUCAAUGAAGUAACCAUCCUGGUUGAGAUCCUGAAUGAGGCCAAACAUUCCUUCGCUCUGUAUACGCCGGAAAAAACCAAGCAGCGCUGGCCCAUUCGACUAGCGGCUGCUACCGAACAGGAGAUGCACGACUGGCUGGCUCUCCUGAGCAUGUCCUGCUGUGAAAGCCGGCAGAUCCAGGGCCCGCCCUCCCAUCAGGCCAUCUGGUCCGUGACCUGCAAAGGGGACAUCUUCGCUAGUGAGCCAAGUCCCGACAUGGAGGCAGUGACACACCCAACGCCGUGUGACCAAAUGUUCUGGCGCCAGAUAGGCGGACAUCUCCGAAUGAUUGAAUGCAACAGCCGCGGCAUAGUCUGGGGUGUUGGGUAUGACCACACCGCCUGGGUUUACACCGGUGGAUAUGGAGGAAGUUUCUUCUCAGGUCUAGCAAGCAGCGCAGAUAACAUUUACUCACAGUCGGAUGUGAAGUGUGUCUACAUUUACGAGAAUCAGCGGUGGAAUCCUGUCACUGGAUACAGCAGCAGGGGCCUCCCCACGGAUCGGUAUAUGUGGAGCGAUGCCUCCGGCUUGCAGGAGUGUACGAAGACCAACACCAAGCCCCCAUCGCCACAAUGGUCUUGGGUUUCUGACUGGUACAUCGAUUUUAGCGUUUCGGGUGGCACUGAUCGGGAAGGGUGGCAAUACGCAGCUGACUUUCCAGCGUCUUAUCACGGGCACAAGACAAUGAAGGACUUUGUGCGGCGAAGGCGCUGGGCCAGGAAAUGCAGAUACGUCACCAGUGGUCCUUGGCUGGAAGUCCCCCCAAUAGCCCUAUGGGAUGUUUCCAUCAUUCCUGAAUCUCUGGCUGCUGAGGACGAGUUUGUGGCUCUUUGGGCUAUCAGCGACAAGGGAGAUGUGCUUUGCCGACUAUGCAUCACGCCCCAAAACCCAGCUGGAACAUCCUGGCUCCACGUGGGAACAGAUCAGCCCUUCGUUUCGGUUUCCAUCGGAGCAUUUCACCAGGUCUGGGCCGUGGCCCGCGAUGGCUCCAUCUUCUAUCGCGGUUCAGUAUCGCCAAACAAACCUGAAGGCGACUGCUGGUACCAUAUUCCUUCUCCCCCGAAGCAGAAGAUAAAGCAAGUCUCUGUUGGACGAACCUCUGUCUUCGUUGUGGAUAAAAAUGGUAAUCUGUGGUAUCGCCAGGGCAUCACACCAAGCUACCCUCAAGGCUCCAGCUGGGACCACAUUUCAAACAACGUCCGCAAAGUGUCCAUUGGGCCUUUGGACCAGGUCUGGGUGAUAGCUGACAAAGUACAAGGGAGCCAUAGCUUGAGCUGUGGAACGGUCUGUCAUCGGACGGGAGUCCAGCCAAUGGAGCCAAAAGGCCAUUCUUGGGACUACGGCAUUGGGGGAGGAUGGGAACACAUCACAGUAAGAGCCAACGCCAUGGAGAGCACCAAGGCUGUGGCCCAGGAAGCCUCUGCAGGGCAUCCCGCCGAGCCCAACAAAACUGAAGCUGGAGAGAGUGAAGGAGGAGGAGGAGACCCUCCCCAAAACACCGUCUUGGUGGACACGGCUCAGGGCUUGGACCGGAACGCUGUCCAUUGUUAAUGCGCUCCAUUCUCUAUAGAGACGUGGGUGUAGCAUUUUGCUUCCUCUCCACUCACUUCACGCACUCCCAAUCGGUGUAAAGUUUCAGUGGAUCUGUGCCUGUUUCUGAACACACUCGUCUCGCCCGGACAGAAGAGGGAGUUGAGUAUUCGUGAAGGCUUAAGGAGUCCAAGUCUGCCUAGUUAUGUGGUUGGCUGUAGACCUUUUGUUUAUUUCAGUGGGUUUUGGGGAGACUGUCAUAGAGACCCCCAUGCAAGCCCCCCUUGAAACACGGAGGAGUUUGCACAGCCACAAGGCUCUGCAGAUCAGGGCCCUGGAUCCAGGGAGUCAAACCUGGUCCUCUCUGAAUGCCGCAGGACUCCAGCUCCCAUCAGUCCCAGCCAACAAAGCCAAUGGUUGGUGAUGAUGGGAGCUGUAGUCUUAACAACAGCAGCUGGAGAGUCCCACAUUGGCUUUCCGUCCUUUAGAUGCAUUGUUCAUUAGAACUGGAUUUUUCUAAGUGAACAUUUUUUAUGUUUGUUUUUGUGGGAGGGCGUUGUCGUUGGGUCCUUUUUGUAAUUAAUUUAUUCUCUUCGUAAUAUUUAUUAUAUUAUGCACAGCACUGCCGAAUAGGCUACAAUGAUGCCGGAUCUGCCCAAUUAAGCUGAGCCCCCCUUUUUUUUAAGCAGCUGCUAUGAAAACUGAGACAAAUGUAAAUAGGACUCUGACGUCCUGGUCCGUCCCGUCCCCCCACAAGCCCUUUCAUCAAACAUGUGAAAUGAUGAUCCCGCUGAUUUCAUUGGAUCUGCUGUGUGAGGUCAAGUUCUUGACCGGCGAGAAUCCCUCCCCCCUUUCGGAGGUGAUUUGCUGAAACUGAACCUCUUAGGGUUAAUUCUGUGUAAUGUGCUUUCUUCUUUUUCUUUUGUUAGUGCCAGUUACAUCUGCUCUAAAAUAGUAGCAGAACAAAGUUAAGUCAGCAGCACUGGUCGGCAACUGGCUGCCCUGUGUCAGUUGGUGCCCAUGAAAAAUCACCAGCACAUCUUCUAACAACUGCAAGUGGGGCAAGCACAGAUAGAAAGCAUAUUGGGUGCUCCUGCACCUCAAAGCUCCUUGCCACCGCUCACCCACUUUAGAUACUGCGUCCUUUGCCAACCUGGCACCUUCCAUAUAUAGCCCAAUAACAUGUGGAGGUCACCAUAUUGUUGAAGGCUUGGAUCAGGCAUCCCCAAACUGCGGCCCUCCAGAUGUUUUGGCCUGCAACUCCCAUGAUCCCUAGCUAACAGGACCAGUGGUCAGGGAAGAUGGGAAUUGUAGUCCAAAACAUCUGGAGGGCCGAAGUUUGGGGAUGCCUGGCUUGUAAUUGAGGCAGAGAGCCAAAGAAGCCUAACUCCUUGCCCCUUUUGAAUUGCCCUACCAGCCAAUCUAGUUGCUGAUCACAAUCACUUACCUGUCUUUGGAUUUUGGAGGUCGGGCUGGCCUGUAAUUAG